AUGACCGACGCUUCAGUGUCAGGAGACUCCGUGGCUCAAUCAACCAGAGAUGAGUCCGCGGUCAAUCUGCGCUCGAAUCGAGACGCAACGACGUCGACGAGCGCAUGCCAAAGUUCUGGCCGGGAGGAAGGUGGUGGGGCAGAUGCGAACCAGAACGACCCGCCUACCGAAUCGGCAGUCUCGAAACUCGGGAUAUUCCAGCAAAGGGCCAAAAGACUGGGCGAGAAGUAUGGGCUGGUCAUUGAACCCUCCGACUCGCUGCGUCUGACCCCAAACGAGACCGCUCACCGCGUGGACAAGCCCAUCAGAAUGCGCAUCAGGCGCACCUGUCACCAAUGCAACACGACAUUCUCUGCCAGGCGUGAAUGCUCCAAGUGUCGACACGUUCGCUGCGACAAAUGCCCUCAAUUCCCGCCCAGAAAGGCCGAGCCGGAUCGGCUGGCCGGUCUCGAGGAACCGGAGCCAGCCGUAAAGGCCAGCCGGGAAGACCCAAGCGUCGCAGCCGACGUGUGCUGGCGUCACCAACGGGUCCAACGAAAACGCGCGAGCAAGACGGGCGGACAGGACCUGGUGCACCGAAGACCUCGACAGCGCGUCAGGAGAAUGUGCCACGAAUGCGAGACUCUCUUUGGGUCUGGCAGCAAGAACUGCGCCUUUUGUGGUCACGUUCGCUGCACCGACUGCCCCAGGGAUCCUCCCAAGAAAGGCAAGUAUCCAUUUGGCUAUCCUGGUGAUGCCUUUGGUCCCGCAACCGAAGCCCACUUCGAAUGCAAUGCGUGCGAAACGCUGUAUCCUCUCGAAGCCGUCGACGGGACUCCUUGCCAGAACUGCGGCCUCCAGAAGUCCGCAGCAGCACCCCGGGCCGCGCCACGCAAAAUACAGCCUCUGCCGGAUCUCGAUCUUGCCGCCACGAUAGCCGCUACAUCAGAGCGGCUCAGAACCUCCUCGUCAUGA